GGAAAAGUGCCCAAUUCUUUACUGAGUCGGUUGAAUGAUAAGAGGACACACAAUUUGUUUGUGUUUAGCUGAAGGUUUUUUUGUUUCGUAGUAUGUGUCACACAUAUCAUUCUUAUCGAUGCUGUGUGUUAUGUGUAUAUUAGGUUAAAUAGUGAUUUCAGAGCCCAAACCAUAUCUAGUCAAUGAUAAAAUCCAAUUGACUUUUCGAAGGCAGAAGAAUAGAAAAAAAAAUGUGCAGUGUUUGUGGUUGUGCAGACACUUUGAAGCGCAUACUGAGUGACAAAUGAACCAUAGUCUCUCACGUUACGAUACACAAAUUUUGCAAUUUUUUUCAUUUGUAAAUCAAGUCAGAUUUCUUGCUUUAUUUGUCACCUUAGUGCAUCAAAAAGACAUUUAACAUCUUGAUGGUGUCAUUUUGACAUUUCACUUGCUGACAAUUGAUCCGUUUUUUUGUUUUUAUUUUAUUUAUAUGGUGUUUUUUUUAGUUAUUCCACUUCAAUUUUGAAAAAGAAAAUAAAAUUGUAGUCGUCGUCGUCGAUAGUGUUGACAAAGUUAUAUGCUUCCAUUAGGCAUUUGCAGGGCUGCUAUAUCGCAAUAUACAAAAUCAUCCACCAUUCGCAUUUAGUACUGUGAAAUUUUGUGAUUUUGACAAUUUCGAUAAACUAUUAGAUGAGAUAUGGCGAAUCGCAAUCGAAAUAAUGUAAAAAUCGAAACAACUAUCGAAGGUUGCCGCAGUGAAGCCAAAUGGAAACGAGUCAUCGAGUUGGCCGAAGAGCUCAAAACUGGAUCACCCAAUUAUGAAUGCCUGGCAAACUUUUUGAUUGGCGAAGGAAAGUUGGAGAGUUUCCUAGAGGAAAAUCCACCGAUUGAGGCCAAUUUCGCAAAAGCCAAAACUGGUUUGGUUGAUGCAAAGAGUUACUUAAACUUAGUUACUGGUGAGGAUGGAAAGAGGGCGGGCAUCGCACUGGAUGCUCAUCUGCUAUUGGCCAAAUUACUUUUUGCAUGCGGCGAUUAUGAAGAGAGUUUAGAAAAUUUCUCAAAGGCUGAAUUGAAUUCACUGUCGGAAAAGGAAUUAACGCUGAGGAGUUUAAAAAUCCUAGCUGAAUCGUAUGCAAUAAAAGGAUUGUGUUUAGAGAAUCUAGGUCACAAAGGUGGUUCAAAGUUCAAACAAGCCGAACGGACUACUGAAAUGAUUACAUGUUUUGAGCGUGCGGCCGAUUUGGGAUUGCUUUAUUUACAAGAUCAAGAUGUGGUGGGUGCGUCAACGGUGGCCGUAGUGUCAUCGACUGGUACAUUACCAUCGUCAACAAUAUCUGAAAAUCGAAAAAUGGGCGCCAUCUUAGAAACGGCAUUGCAACGAGCUCCACUGGUGCUCAUCACAGCGGGUAAAUUACAAGAAGCCAUUCAACGAUAUCGAUCAAUGCUCAGUGCCAUCGAAACACAUUCCACGCAAAUAUUGCGAUUAACAUUGGCACGACAGUUGGCCGAAGUGUUGUUGCGCGGUGUAUCGGGUACAAUUUAUUCACCACCUUCAAUUCCAACGCCCGCAAAAAGUGUGGCUGCACAGCGUCGCUUAUGGACGCCGAAGAAAUAUGCGGGUCGAAAUCAAUUUUUACCCAAAAACUUGGCCGAAGAAACGAUACUGCUGCUACUAAUUUCGGAAGCGUUGGCUGUUCGGGAUGCUGUUCUAUCGCAAAGUCCAGAGUUUCGUGAUGCACGUAAGCAUGCGCUUAGAAAUGCAACGACCGUAUACGAUCUAUUGACACUGGCAUCAAUGCGAUGGGGUCAAGUUGGUUUGUUACAUGAAUCGUUUGAAAAAGCGCUCAAAUUCUCGUUUGGCGAAGAACACAUUUGGCGACAGUAUUCAUUGUGCCUAGUGGCACUGGGCCGUAAUGAACAGGCGGUCAAAGCAUUGAAAGAAUCAUCGAAACUUACACAACAUGACACAAUCCCAUGUUUGAUGUCGUCACGCAUUUGCUACGAAACGUUAAAUCAAAUUCAUGAUGGUUUGCAAUGGGCUCAACAAGCGCUGAACAAAGAUACAAAAGGAUUGCGUCCAUCACGUGCUCAGCUAUACGUUGGCAUUGGUUUUCAACAGCUGGCUUCGAAUACAACGUUGAAAGCAACGCGUGAAAAGUACUCGAAACUCGCAUUAGAAGCAUUAGAAAAAGCCGUUCAACAAGAUCCAAACGAUCAUUUAGCCGAGUAUUAUUUAGCAUUGCAGCAUGCAUUAAACUACAAUAUCAUUGAUGCGCUCGUUCACAUUCGCACAGCACUGUCACUGCGAGCCGAACACGCAAACAGUCUACACUUGUUUGCAUUGCUGUUGACGGCCAAUCGCAGACCGCGCGAAGCCUUACUCGUUGCCGAAGAUGCUCUCGAAGAAUUUCCAGACAAUUUAAAUUUAUUACACGUGAAAGCACACCUAGAACUCCAUUUACAGGAUGCCGACACAGCUUUAGUUAGCGUUAAGAAAAUGCUGAAAAUCUGGCGUGACCUUUACGAUUCACAAACGAAUGGCGCCGAUGGGAGUGACGAACGAAAUUCGGACACUAGGAGCGUGUUCCAAGUGCAUUCCACGCAAAUGUCCGACAAGGAUUCAAUACACGCUGCUUCUUUAGCCGCAUCAAGAGUUGAGCAGGCACUAAGUGAAGCGGCUUCAUCACUGAGUUCAUUCAGUCCACGUCCAGGGCCACAAGGUGCAUGGAUGAUUCAGUUGAAAAUUUGGCUAUUGUUAGCCGACGUUUAUAUAGCCAUCGAUCAACCACAUGAAGCAAUGUUUUGUAUUCAAGAAGCCUCACAAAUUUAUCCACUAUCGCAUCAUAUUAUGUACAUGCGCGGUCAAAUCCAUGUGCACCUAUCACAGUGGAAUGAUGCAAAACAAUGUUUCUUGAAUGCCGUAUCAGCGAAUCCGUGCCACAGUGAAGCACUGCGAGCAUUGGGCGAAACACAUCAUAUUUUAGGCGAGCCACGACUGGCCGAGAAAAUGAUAAAAGAUGCGGCAAAAAUCGAUCCAAAUUGCCCAAACAUCUGGUUUAGCCUUGGCAAAGUGAUGGAAACACUUGGUGACUACAAUGCAUCGGCUGACUGCAUGGCCACCGCUCUUCAAUUGGAACCGACCUGUCCAGUUCUUCCGUUCACAACCAUUGCAAUAACAUUCGAAUGAGAGCAUAUACUAACAUUUUAUCAAAGAAAAUCUGUAUAAAUUAAGAGAGACAAUUAUAUCUUAAAUAAUGUUGUAGAUAUGCAAAGCAAAGUACACGUUAAUGUUUUUUUUUGUCGUACGUGUCAAUUCCAUAUUAUAUCUAUUUGAAGAAAAAAAAAAAAAAAGGAAAUAUUCUAUUUGACGGAAAAGAAGAUUGAUCACUAAAUUUUAAUGCCAGUCACAUGACGCUGCAAGCUCUAUUGUGAUUGUGUAUUCAUUUGUUUUUCUAAUUCAUAAUAAUGAAAAAGUGUCACCGGAAUUUAUCGUUCGAUUAACGGUUCGAGUUACUUUCCCCCUUUGUUGAUUGUUAUAUAUUCUAUAUAAUUUAUUGUUAACUUAAGAAAGAAAAUAUUGAUUCUUGCGAGAGAGAGAGAGAGAGAGAGAAACAAAUUCGGGUUUAAUAAGUUAAAUAAGGUAUAAAGUCAUUCAUCGUUCAAAAGCAGGAAAAACUGUUUUUUCACAUAAAAAAUAGAGAGAAACAAAAAUAUUAAAACAUUUAUUCUCAAAAGACAAGAGAAAAAUGAACACUUUUCGAAUAUCUAGAUUUAAAGGAACUUCCUUUAAGGAAGUAAGUCCAUACAAAAAAAAUCAAGAUAAAAUAAAGAUUUCAAUUGAUUGCA